AUGUCUCCCUUCGUACCAACUUUGCCUCAGCCACGACUGAACCAGCCCGGAGCAAAUGCUAUCGAAAGCCCGUCGCGAGCCUUGUCGCGCACCCAAACGUCUCAAACACGAGAGGGAAACUUGGAGUCAUCUCCAUCAUCGACAUCCCAAGCAACAGCACCAUCUCCUCCCACAGAAACAUUCUUGGGCCACGUGGUACAGAUCAAAGACCAAAAAUCCGUGCGCCGAAAAUGGGUGUCCGUGCCACACGAUCUGGGAGAAGGUGACUGA